AUGUCGGACUGGGAGACGGACUACAGCAGUUCAGACGAUGAGGAGUCUAGUAAAAGAUGCCCCCACGAGCGAUUCAAUGGCGACGGCAGUUUGUUCGGGGCUGGAGCGUCCAGACAAGUCAUCAUCGAUGCCUCUGCCGAAUGCAUCGAAUGCAAACUUCUGUUGCAGGCCGUGUCAAACUACAAACCUGGGUGGCUAGAAGACGACAAGGACGACAAACGCUUGAUACAUCUCACCAAGAGGAAGACAUACACCGUCCAACUUCUUCAUGGAUCAUAUGACAGCGAGCCUGUCGGUACAUUCCAAAUUGUUCACAGAUCCAAAGAUGAACCACUGUACGAAAUAGAAGACAAGAAGUCCAGCAACAUACUACGGCGACCCCGUGCCCAAGGCCUCCGAGUCAUCCCAGACUCAUCAUCUCAAGCGGCAAUGGAUCGGGCGGCUCAAUGGCUCUCUCACUGUCUGGAGCAUGACGACGCGUGUGAAGUGCCCAACGCAGAUUUCAUGCCUCGGAUGCUCAUAGACGUCACUUCUCAGCAAAGCUCUCGGGAGCCAUUCUUGUUCAAGCCGACUUCAGUGGCGCCUUAUGCUUGUUUGAGCUAUUGCUGGGGACCUGAUACGGAAGGCAUUCUACAGACGACGACAGAAAACGUGGAGUCUCACCACGAUGCUAUUCCUCUCGCCAAGAUGCCUAAUGCUGUACAAGAUGCUGUUGCUGUAUGCCGUGGACUCAAGAUUCCCUACUUGUGGGUAGACUCUCUCUGCAUUAUUCAAGAUGAUCCGAUCGCUUGGCUCGAGGAUGCGUCGCAGAUGGAUCGCAUUUAUCUUCAUUCACGUCUUACAAUUGCGGCGAUCGAGCCAUCAAGCUGCAAAUCACGGGUCCUCGGUGCGCAGACCUUUGGACAACCUGGUUGGCAGCAGCAGUUCACAGCAAAUGAUGUCGCAUCUGACCCAGAUGAACCACCUCUGGAGAUCUUCGUGCGACCCGUUGCCGACGACUUCAACGAAGAGAAAGAAGAAGACACGAAGCGAUCCCUGGAUAAGCGAGGCUGGUGUCUUCAGGAAAGUCUGUUACCGAGUCGCCGCCUAUGCUUCACCGGAGAUGAGAUGAUCUGGGAGUGUCUCUGUCGAACAGUCUGCGAAUGUGGCCACAUCCUGUGGCAGCCCCAGCCAUUCGGCUUCGGACGUCUUGGAGCACACCUCAAGACCAAACGCCUCAAGGCUAAGGUGGCGAUAUCGCAUCCGCAGCCGGCACGGCCUUGGUACGAAGAAUACCACGGCUACAAUUACUACCGCAGCGGUGAUGGAUUUCCCGAGACGCCCUAUAGAAGAUGGAGGGAUAUUGUCUCCGAGUACUCGCAGCGCUUUCUCUCCCGUCGAAAGGAUAGACUGAGCGCGGUGUCUGGGCUGGCAAAGCUCGUUCGUGAAGGACUUCCAGGGGCGCAGAAGGAUGAAGAUGGCGAGCAUGCUGAAGAGUAUCUGGCGGGUCUGUGGAAGCGCGAGUUCCAUUUCGACCUCACCUGGACAGUUCAGCAUCCAAAUGCACAGCCGGGGGACAGCAGCAGCGGCAAGGUUGACGCCAAGGUUGAAGGAAAAGCGGAGGAAGACGACAACUUACGAGUUCCAAGCUGGUCGUGGGCUUCUGUUGAAUCACCGGUCAAGUUCGAGUUCGAUCGGCCGCUGGAAACCUGGAAGUACACGCCCAACCUGAUAGAUCUCGUCAAGUUAGAGAGUGCUUUAUGCAAGAGGGAGCUCGAGCACGAUGAAACAAGCGCCGUCACAAGCGGCGAAGUCGUCCUGACAGGCCUUACAACGUCUGUGCAGUUGAAAGCGGCUCAUGGAUCACACAGAGAAGGGAACGCAAUUGUGCAGUCCGCAAACUCGUUCUCUGCCGAGGUAACCCUAGAUCAGCCAGGGACGCUUGCCAGUCUGUCCAGCAAUUGUCGAAUGCCCAGCUGCGAGGAGGAAAACCGUCGACAUGAGAGCGGUUAUGAGUUUCAAGACGAGGGGCUACUUUGUCUUGCACUCUUCUCUUGGCUUGCCUUUACUUGGAAGUAUGAUGCCGACGGCAAGAUGCGCAAGAUGGGCCCAAACACGUGGUUCUUGGUACUGAAGCCGUCCACGUCGGUUCCGGGGGCGUAUGAGAGGAUCGGCAUUGGGUCGCAUUCGAGCGGAACUGGUGAGCGAUGUGAGCUCUUUGAAGACGGCAAGACUGCUACGGUCAAGAUAGUAUAGACUCACAAUUUGUAUACUGAUGCCGAAGGCCCCUCGGAGGAGCUUUAGAUGGAGAGCGGACCUGGAAGAUUGAUAGC